CAGCGAGUGGGCGGUUCCCUCGAGAGCAGGCGUAUGACGUAAACGCGAUGGGAGGAGUCACGUGGCAGCGCGAAGAUGGCAGGCGUGAAGGACCGGGACGCGAUGCUGAGGGUCAACUUCCUGUAUCAGGCAGCCCAUUGCGUCCUGGCUGGGAACCCAGACAACUCACCCCUAGUCCGGUUCUACUGCCACACCCAGCGCUCCGUCUGCAAGCGGCUCGUCCUCCGGCAAGACCCGUCAGUCAAGCGGACAGUGUGCAAGCGAUGUUCCUCACUCCUGGUGCCCGGUAUCUCCGCUAAGGUUCGCCAGAGAAGACGGAGCCAGCGUUUCACCGUGGUCAGCUGCCUGCAUUGCGGGAUGAGUAGGAGAUUCCAGAAUCGACCUGACUACCUCCUGUGGACAGAACGACCUGAGGCACUUCUGACUGCUCAAAAACAAAGCUGUGUCGAAACAGCAUCCAAGACAAGUGGGGCCGCGUCGACUGGGCAGAGCUGAGACUACUCUGAUAUAUAGAAACCUAGAGUAAUGAGUGAGCAUUAUUAUAAACAGUGACUCUGUACAGUUACACAGUGACCCUCUCUCUGAUUAAACAGUAACUCUGUACAUUUAAACAGUGAGUGAACAUCACACUGAAUAAACAGUGACUCUGUACAGAUAGACAGUGACCCUCAAUCUGAAUAAACAGUUACUCUGUACAGUUACACAGUGAGUGACUAUCACACUGAAUAAACAGUGACUCUGUACAGUUACACAGUGACCCUCAAUCUGAAUAAACAGUGACUCUGUACAGUUACACAGUGAGUGACUAUCACA